GUCUUAAGAGACCCGUCAUCGUAACCGGUGUCGUGAGACGACAGAUAUCGUAUCAUGUCAAACGACAGCAUAAUGCCCGAUUGGAAAAUAAACAUCAGUGACCUUAACGCCCAGUGGAACUGGACUGACUGGACCAACAUGUCAUGCCACAAUGAGCAUGACAGUCCACUGGGCUCUACCGCGUUUCAAGCCGUCAUCUACCUUAUGUACACGACCGUGUUCGCAGUGGCGCUGAUCGGCAACGGGUUGGUGUGCUACGUGGUCUUGUUCUCCGCCCAGAUGCACUCAGUCACCAAUCUGUUCAUCAUGAACAUGGCCGUUGGCGAUCUGCUCAUGACUCUGUUUUGCGUGCCGUUCUCGUUCGUUUCCACGCUGGUGUUGCAGUACUGGCCAUUCGGUAACGACCUCUGCCACACCGUCAGCUUUGCGCAGGCUAUCGCCGUACUGGUAAUGAAAACCAAUUGGAUUAUUUUGGUUAAGUUAGGUUAUAUCGAACUCGAUGACCGAAUCGACUUCGAACGCGACGUAAAGGCCGCAAUUUUAAUUAUAACUUGGGGAAGGGCUAUUUUUCUCAUUACAUAAUGUUUAUGAGCAAAAAAAACACUUAAUAGCAUCAUUGAUUAAACUAUCAGUUAACACGCUGGAACACAUAUUAAAUUCUUUACUAUGUGAUCUUUAUUUUUUUUACCUCUACUAUAAGAACAGGAAAAGUUGAGUUAUUCCCCACAAAACAAUUUUUUAAAGGGAAAAAAAAAUCCAAAAAAGUCAAGGUUACAGAUUAUAACAGAUUUCUUUAAUUGUACUUCAUAGAUAGAUUAACUUAUGAUUUUAUCUUUUUAAGUUAUAGGUAAUUGUUGUAAGCGUUGUUGUAUAAUAGGACGAUGAGUGAUUUUAUGUCGAGAACGGUCGCCUUUUAUAUAAACUUUUUUCUACAGGAGUUGUCUACACUUUGCACCCUCAAGUUAUAAGUAAUAUGUGAUAACAGAUUAUUAUGUCAAAUUAUUUUUAGUUGAAUUUAGUAUGAGUGAAACAAGUGAUAACGUAUACAAAAUUUACUUAUGUCAUUAUUUGGUAUGAUUUUUUAUUUGAAUACAAAACACUUUGAAAUAAUUGUAAAUUGUUAAACCCUAGGAUAUACAUUUUAAAAUGUUAUUCAAAACAAGCAAGGGACACAUUUAUCAGUAAUUGAAUGUGAGGAGGGAAGGUCAGAGGUAAAUAUUAGUGGGUGAAAAUAUGUGAUAGAGGAGAGGGUGGCAAUAAAAUAGUUUCGCCCCGGGGCGCAUAUAUUCUAAAUGCGCCACUGGGAUCGAUUGUCGCAUAGCCCUGCACUUUUUGUGUUUAGGUUUUUUUUACCAUCGCACUAUUAUUAGGCAUCCAUUAACUCGACGACAAGACGACUGGGGUUUAUUCGAUUAAAAAAAAAGAGAGAGAAAAGGGAGCUAUUAAAAUCCAAAGUAGUGAAAAUAUCGCUGACGAUUCCUACGGAACUUUAUGGGAAACUCUUUAUAACGGACCGCUGCUACGUAGUAAAUGGUUCAGUUUUGCGGACAACUCGAUUUAUUCGGCUUGUUAUUAAUUUUCAAAAGUCUUUUAGUUCAGCAGUCCACUAAAAGAAAAGAAAUAAUUAAAACCGUACGAAUUUAUCGUAAUUAUUAAUACUUUCGAGUCAUAUUAUAAAAGGUUUACAGGUCUUGUCCCUGAAUAGGUAUGAAACAUUAAAAAUAUUAUUAAUAUUCUAAUAAUAUAUAAAAAAAAAUGAUAUCGUCAUAAGUUUCAUGCAGAGUUAGUCGUAGGAAAAUUAGCACCGUAGACAAGAAAAAUUAAUGCACUCGUCAAGGUUAAAUUUAUUUUAAUGGGAGUAUAAAACAAAAUUUUUAAAUAAUUUAUACUAUUUAAAUAAAUUUAAAAUAAUGUAAUUUUAUAAUGAUAAGGUUAGGUUAGAUAAGAUUAUAACGUUAAUUUAUAUUAUCUUUAUAAUUUUAAUUAAACUUAUUUCAUGGUUUUAUCUCUGCAAAUCCCUCAUCUAUCAUGGUUGUCUAUCGAAAUUUUUCAACAUAUAAUUUUUAAUAAAUACGAUCGCAAGUGAUGAUUAUUUUGUAUUGUCCAUAUUUAACCUUAGAUAUUAUGUCUUAAUGAGUUUAAGUUUUGAAAAACUACGUUUUCUAUGUGCAGGUAUAAGAACUAUCGUCAAAAUAAUUUUAAGUAUGAUCCACUUCAAAAAUGUUUUUUUUUUUUUGUGUCAGUAUAUGGUAUAAUCUUUAAUACCACUUCUAAUGCUUUCUAUUCCACCGAUAAAAUUUGAUAAAAAUCAACUAAUUCAUUUGCGAAGUCUACACUAUUGAUAUCUGGCUACUGACCUUUUCUAACAAUGUUACGUGAAGGCCUAUGUAAUGAGUGAAAAGUUAUGUUUCUUCUAGUAACUUAUUAAUUUCUAUAAAAAUCUCCUUAUAAUAUCUGAACACUAAGGCGCACAUAAUACACCUGUGCCCUAGACGCUCGUGCAGCUCACCUGCACCUAAGUCUUGUUCUAAUGUUAUGUUCAUGGCACUUGUAGUUUGGAAAUCAAAUACUUUUACGAAGCGUUGAUGGGGUCUGAAUGAGCUAACACGGUGCUCAUGAACAAUUGUUGUUGGGUUCGAUAUCGAUGAUUACUAAACAAAUUUUUCGGGUUUUUUUUUUUUUUGCAAUUUUUCCCUAUGAGCUACCUUGUGUGAUAUUACAAAAACAAUUCAACAAUUAUUUUCAGUGAAGUCUCUACAUGGGCGGGAGAAUUGAGACCAAAUUCUCCAAAACAAAGCAAUUUUAAAUUUAUAUAGUAUUUAUAACAGCAAUACUAUACGACACUUUGGCGCACGCACGAAAAACACAUUUCGGUAAAUUUAAAUCGACCAAAAACCUGUGAUAUGCCACUUGACUACGCGAAUAUCCAAAUCGCGUAGAGAACAGCUAUUCUAAAUGAAAAAUUACACAAAUAUCACCGUAACUAAGGACCGUACAUUAUAGAAGUUCUUGUAGUUAACCACUGUAAACAAUCUGCCAGGUAUUACCAAUUCAUUAACCGAUUGAGCUUUAAUUAGAAAAUGUGAAAUCUCGUACGAAUAUUACGAAUCAGUAUUCCGUCUCAUCCUAACUUCGGAAGGUUUCGAUUAUAACGAAUGUAUUGUGUAAAUAUAAUCCCGGCGGUUGUGAAUUUAAUAGGUACAUAUUCGACGGUUUUGAAAUAGUCUACGUUGGCAGCAAAAUGCAAAUGCGUUGGGUCGUCGCUAAUUAUUAUGCAGUACCUACCUAUUCAUUUUAAACGCAUAUAAUUUCAAGUGCAUUUAAUGAAACACCGACGAGACUCGCGAAAAUAAUUAUCAAAUACCCAUCUAAUUAUUUAAGAACAACAACAAUUCGUUUUCUAAAAGUUUUCUAAGUAACGCCGUUUAAAGCAUAAAAUGACAAUAUUAUAAAAAGAGAAUAUGAUACUAUUAUAAUACAGUCGGAUUAAAAGUGUUGCAGUAGCGUACUCAGCAUUUUCAUUUGGAAGUGAUAUGGUAGAGGAGAGAGGAGAAUCUGAAUAUUAUAAGUUUUAUCAUUAAACAUAUUUUCAGUUAGAAAUCGGUUUAAUACUUUGUAACCUGACAUAACCAACUCCUUCAAACUUGAAACAAUAUAUCUGUUAUUAAAAAUAAUAUGACAUAAUAUUAUUAGGUAUGUUCUUUUGUGAAACAUGGAUAUUCAUUUAAUCAUUUGCAUUUAAAGAAUGGUAGUUGCGAUGGUUACGAUGAAAAAUAAUUUCAGGAAAUUCAUAAACCAUAAAUGAGUUAGGUAUGAAAAAGAAUAAAGGCCAAAGGUGAUAUGACACUCUCACCUCCUUCCCACGAGCACGCCCUGUUGAUUAUAACACAAUUGAGCAUAAAACACCUUUUUAUGACACGAUUGAACAAAUGUGUCAGCAUAUUAAAGGACAUAGAAAUACAAAAGAAAAUCUACACGAUUGAGCAUAAAAGAACUCUACGAUCAACUUUUCAAUUAUGAACUAUAUUAAACGAAAAAUAUUUUGAUGAUUGAAACUUUACAUUGAAGAUGCCUUUAAAAGUUCGAUGCGAAUAAUUUUAUUUGGCUGUGUGGAAAUUAGUUUUUCUGCUUUUUAUUGCUCUCUAAAUUUGUGUUGCUAUUAUCUCAGUUAAAUUUUGGAUAUUAUAUUGUUGUCCAGAAGUUUCAACCAUAUUACUUUUAUCUAAACAUGAAAACAUUAUUGCUGAACAUUUAUUGUUGGUACACCUCCAUCUCGAAAGAUUAUGUUUUUUUCAUUCACCAACUAAUUUAUACUUGUAUAAAUUCACUAGGGCCAUUUUGAAAAAAUAGACAUGAUGUUAUCGAACACUCACUACAUAAACUGAAUUAUUUCUAUAAUAAUUUUCAAAUAUUUACUUAUCUACUAUAACCGUCUAUAAUGGUCAGUAUGCUACCGACAAAAUUAACGUUUAUUGUCAUCGAUAACAUUAUCGAUAAAACAAGGCUCGAUUCACAGCUCGUGGCUCAUUUGACUUUGAUAGCAUAAUAACUGGUGUAAUAAUACGUGAAAAUAAUAAAUUACUAACUUAUGACAACGUGAAUGUGGCAACAUCCCAUAAAAUAUUCUAUGCUCAAUUGUGUUGCUAAAACGGUAUUUGCUCAAUAGUAUUAUACUCAAUCGUAUUUUUACGGCCAUGUCACUUUGUGAAACGUGAACCAAGUGUCCUAUUUAAGGAAACGCGAAUAGAAAACAUCGAAUGUAGUAUUAAACAAAUAUUAUAAAUAUGAGAACGUGCAAAAUCAUUGACAGUGUAGCAGGGGCUAUUGCAUUUUUUAUCAAUUAUUAAUUAACAAAACCGCUAUAUAUUUACAAUCUUUAUAAUAAUAUGUAUUUCAUAUGUCUAGAUAUAUAAGAAUUAAAAAUGUCCAAUAUUUUUUUACUAUAAUUAUAAUAAAUAAAUAGAAGUUAUGAUAACACUACACAUAAGUUCUGACUGAAAUAUUUAUGGCAUAUGCAUCAAAAAUAUAACUAUUAACAUAACCUAAAUAUACCUAAAUUAAAUUGUUUUAUAAAUAUAAAUUAUUUUAUUAAAACCAACUAAGCAAGAAUAUGUAUAAAACCGUAAUCUGCGUUAAGAAUAAAUAAAUAUCAUUCAAUACUAUAUGGUAUUAAUUUAGUGGAACUCAUCAAAAACUUUUUCAUUCUUGUUUUCAAAUUUUCUAGUACGGUGCACAGAAAAUAAUACAACAAACGAUCGCAGAAUUAAAAAAAAAAUACAUCAGAAAAUGUUUUAAUUCGAACCGUUACUUUGUUCACAACCGUUUUCUAAUAUGACAACUGCAUCGCGUUUAGACCUAUACAAACGUGAAUAGACGUGAAAGCGAAAAUAACAUCAAAAUCAAAAUCACUUAUUUUUAAUGAUAAUUGUUUAUACAAAAUUUAAAAUAUUAAAAAUAAAUCGACGGAUUUGAUAAAAUUGUUUGUAAAUACAUAAUAAUACGGUACCCUAUUGUCUGAAUAUACAGACAGGUCACUCAAACAGUCAAAACCAUAUAACAUUAUAAUGAGUCUUCUGUUCAAUAGUUUAAUAACGCGUUAACAAAACUCUAUCUCGACCGUAAAAAAAAAACCCAAAUUAAAAUAAUUUCAUCAAAUCGGAUGUAUUUGAUAUAUGUUUUAUACGAUUAACGCUGUCGUUAAAAAAAAAUGCACAAAUGGACAUGUACUUAAGAUACAACAAAACAAAUCAUUAAUUUUAUUUUAGAAAAGUAAUUCAUAACAUUUCAGAAAGCAAUUGAACCGAGGUAGAAGAAGAAUAAUAUAAGUAGGUAAUACACAAAUGAUAAAAAACCAUUUAAGCAUAAUCACCUAACGAAACUUUUUGUUUUUUUUUUUUUUUUUUGAUAAAAUAUAGGAAUUGAAAAAAAACUUUUGAAUGUCCGUCCUUAACCCGUGUCCACAAAAUAUUAUGUAAUUUUAACAAUACUCGUCGAAUUCCCGGCUAUGAUUUAUGGUCAACUUUUAUACGUCGUUGAAAGAAAUGCUAAAAUACACAUUAUAAUAUUAUUUUACAAACGUCCACACUAUGUGUCCGAAAUUUAUUCAAACUUAACCAUUUACAUUUAUCAUAUAAAAUUAUACUGAUAAAUAACGUUUUUUAAAUUAUCACGAAUAUCGAAAAUUAACGUUCUAAAUAAUAUAAUGUCGACUAUGUUUAUUCUCGUGAAUUAUACGAGUGCAUUAGAAAUAAGCCAAAGACGGACAUACUUCGCACGCGAUUGGGCCACUGUAAUAGGUGAGAAGUUGAUAAGAUAGAGGAGAGAUUGAAUGUACGUAUAUCUGUACGUAACGAUUAACCAUUACUAACGAAAAAGCGGAAUCUGGUUAAUAGCACUGCUUUGUUAACAAUAUAUUUACGUCAUUUUAGUUCAGUUAAAAAUACUCGUAGAGACUCGAAAUUUUUAAAUAAUACUUAUAUUGAACUUACCUAGACGUGGUCAAAUAUCUAAAAUCAUCGGACUACUUGUUUUUUUUUAAUAAACAUUUUGAAAUCAAAUUUAAACGAAAAUCGCAAAAAAAAUUACAGUACUUCAAAUUAUGUACUACUUAACUGCGCUUGGAAUAGUCUUUAAUCAGUAAUGGUUUAUCGUUACUUACAGAUAUAAAUUAAAUAACCUUAUGUAUCUUACCUUCCGAACUUCCCACCUACAACAGUGGCUGUACCUAUCCCCAGUAUCAGCUCUUUUUUUUUAAAUAUAUAUAUAUUACCGGUUUAAGAACGAUAGUGAAGUCAGAAUCAAGCGGCCUGAUUAAGUUUCGAAGUUAUAGCUUUUGAAAGUUCUGAUAUUAUGCGGAUAUUAUAUGUCAUGUUAAAUAACUCUAUAUUAUCCUUCUCGAAGCAUAUUUGCCGUGAUCUAAUGAUUAUAAAUGUUUAUUAUCAUCCUAGGAGUUCCAAAUUCAGACCUGUGUAUUGAAAAAAAUUAUUUGCAUUUUUUUUUUUACCUAAACAAAGAAUUUACCUAGAGACCCAAGCAAUUGCUCCUUUGGACUAUUUUAAUCGCAAAAUACCCCUCGAUGUGUUGUGCAAAAUUGUACACUAGAAAUCUUGCUCCAAUAUAUCAAAUUUAGCUUAUUUUCUGAAAGGAAAUUUAUCUACAUGGUAAUAUAGGGAGGUAAGUUUUUAAUUUUUCAAGCAAUUUUCAUAAUAUCUGGGAAAAACCAGGAUAAAUGUCGGAAAAGCGAAAAAUGUACAAAAUGCAGGUAUAAGUAAAAAAAUAUUAAGACUUUUUUUUGUGUAUAACUUUUCUACCAACAAUUUCGGUCCAAAUUUAAAUGAUAACAUUUUUUCUGAAAGGAAAUGUGACUGAGAAGGUACUUUAAAAAAGUCAUUUUUCAAUUUUCCCAAGAGUUUUCCCAGAAAAUGUGAAAAACCAGGAAAAAAACAUGGGAAAACCGGGAAAAUCGGUACAAUAUUAAACAAAUAUUAUUAAAGAAAAUGUAUAAUCUCUAUUCAAUUAUUUCACCAUAAUAUGACAUAUAUAUUAUUAACAAAGCAACUGAACUGAGCUCAGAAUCGAUUUUUUUCGUUAACAAUGGUUUGUUACUUACAGAUAAACAUUAAAUCGCCUAUAACAGUGGAUGCACCCGUCUCCAUAAUCCUAGGACGUCUUUUUUUUUUUAAUAAUAUUUGUUAAUAUUACACCUGUUAUUUAUUGAUAUUGUGAUAAUAGCUUUUAUGGCAGUCCAUGAUAGUAACUAUUACACUAACGAAUUUCGCAAAUAUCAUGAUAGCAGCAUUAUCACCGAUGUAAACUGAGUUUAAUUUUCAAAAAUAUCAGUAAUCAAUUAGGUAGAUAUUUUUUUAAAACGAAUGAAAAUUUUACACAACCUGCUAACAAAUUUUUAUAAAAUGUACCUAUUUUCCAAAAUGUAUAUACUGAUAUUAAUAUGUAAACAAUUAAAAUAAAAAUAAACCGACGAAAACGUCACAUGUCGUCUAAAAAUAUAAACUGAUAUAUAUUGUUUUCUAAAGUAUCACGCAUAAAACGAAAUAAUCGAGUUGGCCGGCAAAAAAAAACUGAUCGAUUUCACUUUUUUUUCUCACUGUGAAUUUUUCAAUUUAUAAUAAUAUAUUCGCGAUUUUCCUGGAAGUUAUACGCUAAAUAGGUAAUAAAGUCAGGAAAAUGUAUAUAGUUACUCCGUAAAAUAUCGUCUUUUUUCAAUGUCCCAUCAUGACAUACAAGAGAUAAUAUUAUGCGACUAUGUGUCACGAACAUUGAAGUUUAGCACAUAUUUACCGCCGCAAAAAAAAAACGCAUCAUUUUAAAACCGGAAUAAAAUCAAUGUAUUAAAAACGAGCAAUAUGAAUUUCAUAUUAUGAAAACUUAAAAUUAUUUACAAAAACGCUGAAAUUUAAGAUUAAAUAUCACGUAUUACCUUCAAGACAAUCGCGUUUGUUUUGUAUCACGUACGCAUCAUCGAAUAAAAUUAUGGAUUUGGCACAAUAGGUAUAUAGAACAAUAAAAUACUUCUUAAGGAAAGAGAAGACACUCUAAAGGGUUUAAUAGCAAAGAGUUCUGGAAGAUGCAGAGAACCAUUUAGAACUGAUUAUAGUAAAUCUAAAUCCGCUUUACGACGACGUAAGGCAAGUGUAGGAAUAUUUAAAACCUGUCUAAUAUCGGUAUAUAUUAUUUUGUUCGCUCACAAAUCAUAUUUCCCAUUGCUGUUAAAUUGAUUUAAACAGUGUAACCGUGAAAAUGGACACUCGUGAUACUUAACCCAAAUAUUAUCCCCCCCCCUCUCCCUGGUUAGAUGAUCACUUAAGAGAUUUGAUCGGGGGGUGUAAAUUCCAUUAAUUCUUCUAAUAUUUUACCCCCUCUCGGUUAAAUGACACGUGAGUCAAUAACCACCAGAGCCAUACCUAAGGCUCCAACAAUCACAAGUAUAUAAUAUUAAAUUAUAUUAUAUUGAGGCACAAUCCCCCCCUCCAAGGUUUAUGAGCUAAUUAUGCCAAUGUCCUACCUACAACAGUGGUACACUCGUCAAUAGUAUAUUUAGCUGUAGAAAUCUGAGAGUAAUUCUGAUUUCAAGAAUUAAAAAUUCAAAACAGAAAAUUAUUAUCAUCUCAGUAUUAACCACCUAUACUAUAAUACGCUGUGAGCGCACUCGUAUUCAAACACCGUCUUGAUAACAAUAUAUUAUCAUCUUUUGACGACCAACGCCACUGCCGCCGCGAUGACAAAUUACACGACUUAUCAUCGUAUUCAUUACUAUAUCAUUAUAUGCGAACAAUACGGGAUGUUGUCACCAUCAGUAUUAUACAUGUAUACCAGACGACUGGCUCUAUGGUGGCACUCUUGGUUUUUAUAUAACACGCAUUUCGUAUAAUAAUAUAUUACAUACAAAAUGGCGUCGUUUCCGAUGAAUCAUUUCUGACUCGGCGGCCGAAAACAACGUCACGGUUUCGUGAUUACCCACUAUACUAUACUAUUUCCGGCCUGCUGCCGUUAUUAGGUAGUAGCGGUGCGACUUAAAUCCCAAUCUUACAAACUACAAUUUUAUUUUGCACCAUUUCCAUUAUUCCUCCCCCUUCGAAUUAACUUCUGUUUUUUUUCUCUUUUCGACAUAACUACCUCUACAAGAGAUUUUUUACGGGCAUAUACUUAGAACCAAGAAUGUGAAUAAAAUAAUAAAAAUACUCAGAGGUUAGGUCUACCUACCCCAAUGUUAUUAAUCCUCCGUAUAUAAUAAUAAUACUAAUUUUUGUCUAAUAGAAUUUAUCACACCACCCAGAUUUAUUUAAAUAAGUAAACGUAAUAUUAUUACAUUAUUUCUCUGCGAAAAUGUUUUAAACGAUUAAAUUUCUCAACAAAACUGCGUACAUAACGGUUCGAUAUGUCCAGUUUGUAUACGUAUAUUGUAUACCCAAUAUAAUAUUAUUCGGCCAUUUUCUAGUUUUCCUCUAUACAACGAUAAACAUGGUAAUAAAAAUAAAAAAAGUGAAAUGGUUUCCGAGAAUAAUAUUAAAAUCCGAACAAUCCAAUAGAAUAACUGCAUGUGAUUAUAUAAUUUAUGCGGUAUCUAUUUAUUAUUGCGUAAUGUGAGAAAAUGCAGUCUUUGUACCAUGAACAACCGAAAUUUCAAAUUUGAUUUACAUUUCUGUUGUGAUAUUUAUCACUGCGGGUGAUAGUAUAAUAAUAAUAAUAUAUUACAAAACCAAAAAGAAAAAAAAACAGAAUUCGAAAAAACCGGUGACAUAUACAAUAGGCGUGAUAUUUCCCGGACCAUUUUUUCAUAUUUCCUCUCCCCCCUGAUUCAACCGGCUGUCACGUAGGCCUGGACCCAGAAAACCGACGAAAACUCCAUUACGGCUGGAGAAAGACUUUCUCGGCGACGAAUAUUAUGGACGGGGAUGAGGCGUGUAAUAACAUCAAUGACCGAAAUGACGGAUGUCUGCUAUAAUAGCGUACAUACUUUGCCCAGGAACCCGACGUUAGUCCCGAAACUGUCGGAAAAGAGGGCGAUAACUUUUUUUGAGUGUAUAUGUGUGCCCAGUUUCGAGCCUUGUGACGUUCCGACCCUGCACUUUGAAAAUUGAAAAGGGAGGGAAUAUUUGAAGAAAUAAAAGCCAAACGAUCGCUUGGAUGUUGGUUUUUUAAGUCGACACGCCAUUAAAUUUCCACCGUGUAAUAAAUAAUAUAAUAUAAGACAUAGGUAUUCGUGGUUUCACCUCGUAAACAAUAAAAUUCCACGUGAUGACUUCUAUUGCCACACGAAUAACGAAAAAUAACCUAACAAAAAUAGGAGAAACAAUCACACAUGAACAGUAGGGUUCCGUCACUAUAUUGAAAUUUUCCCUCAGACGACUUGUAACCAUUACAAUAUUUUAUUUUAUUUUGUAUUUAUUUAAUUUAAAAUAGCGUUUUCAGAGUUUUAUUACAUUUUUUUAUAACAUAACAAUGAUUGGAGAGGGAGUUCAAAGUUGAAACCCCCAAAAGAAACAUUCUUGAUAUUAACUUCAUAUAGUUAUUCGAUACCACGUUUCAACUUUUUAUUUUCAUUAAAUUCGUGAUUUUUAAUAAUUUAUUAAAUUUCAGAGAACAGUACCUAUUAUUAUACAACCGUCUGUAAAUGCGUACGCUAAUUGAUUAUUAUUAUUGUUUUGGCUAAUUUUUUUCUCUGACCUUUUUAAAAUUAUUAAAAAUCACAAAUCUAAUGAAAAUAAAAUGUAAAAAUAAAACUUCAAAAUUUUCAAGAGAAUAAAUUCUGUAAAAUGAAUAUCUUCAAAUUUUUCAUAAAUAAUAAAGUAAAAAGUUAUUUACUAAAACGUAAAAAAUUAUUUGAAAUAUAAAUAUUUACAGUCCUUAUCUCCACGAUUAAUAUAUAAAAAAAAAAACAGAAUUUGGUUAUCUUUAUUAUCUCCGGAGAUAUUACAAUGGGCAUCUCAUCGUGGGGCAACUCGUAUAUAUAUCUAGUAGACACAAUACAGUUAGGUUAGGCCAUACGAAAUAUAUAUAUACAACACAGGUAAAUAGUUUUUAUUGUAGUGGAAAAUUCGAUAAAAAACCGUGUAAUUGUAAAACUUAUAUUUAUGUAUAAUGUAUUCUUCGGUCGUCUCAGUAUCUGAGACAGGCAUUGGCGUAUUUUGAAUUCUUAUUUUUGAGGAGGGGGAAAAGUCCUAACAAUAUUCUCUCACAGAUAAUAUCAUAGACUGAUCACAUAAUAUACUUACUUUUCUCCUCGGUAUUGUACCAUCUCUUCCGUUUACGGGAAAUUAUGGUGGAUCAGAGUUUUGUUUAUUAAUAUAUGAAAAAAACGAGGUCUCGGAGACUGGAUCUCGAUAGAUGAUAUUUAAACUGUGGAUCAAGUACACUUUUGCAAAUAUUGACUCUAGACACUAUUUAAGCAGUAUAAUCAAUAUAAUACAUUACCAACAAUUUGUGAACAACCAGUUAAAGGCAAUGAGGUCGUGUGGCGAAAACCCUCAUUCAGUAUUUCGCCAUCCAUUAACACCUGCCUAUAUUAUGACAUACCUACACUCAAUUAUAUGCUAACCCUGCUCUAUCACCAAUGGGAUACUGCACGAUAUUGUAUCAUGAUACCAUCACUAUCCACUUUACAUACUCAUCAAAUUAAAGGACAGUUUAAAGCCUAGUACACCCUCUCUUAAUAUGCCACUAAAAACAGAAUUACGGAUUAUCGAACAAACAGCGUAUAUUCAUAAUAUUCUAUUAACUGUAUAACGAUAUAUAUUUAAUACGAAAUAUCAACAUCACAUCAUGGGACCGAGAGUAUACUGCAGACUGCAGGCUGCAGUAGUAUUUAGUAGCUCAAACCAGUUAUAGUAAACCAAUAUUUGAAGAUCGUAUUACUUUAAUGGCUAUUAUAGCAACAUCAGAACAUUAUCGAAUGACAAUAUAAUGAUAUUAUAUUAAGUUAAAAUUCGUUGUAGUACAACAGAGACUAAUUCUAAUGGCCUAUGGUACUUUAUAAUCUCGUGUUAUAAAACUAUUUAUACUAUUUAUAAAAAUAUGAUAUUCUUGGUGCUAUACAGUGGUCUAACUAGAUUGUGAGAAAUAUCAGAUUAUAAACACACCUAAGGUACUACAAGUAGAUACCUAUAAAGUACAUAAUUAUAAAAUGUAUUAUCUUUUCUUCCAAACACACUGAUGUUUCAAACUGCAUAUAUAUAUAUGUAUAUACUGAAUAUUUGUUUAAGAAGAAAUUAGACAUAUACCCCUUAUCCCUAGAUGGUUAUUUUUUUUUUUUUCUGAAAAUCUCGCAGCUAAAAUGUUUGGGUUUUUUCAAGGGGUAGCAGAAGAACGGUACUUUCCUAGUUCUAUCCGUCGCGUGUGUACAUAUAAAUCCUAUUUCGCAUAAUAUAUUCGUAUAUUAUAUUGUUUGGUGUAGAUAAUCAGUGUUUUAUAAACGGAAAUUCACAGUUCAGCGCACUACAUAACACACGGCUUACUAGAAGUUAAAACAUUAUUUCCAGCACGAGAAAAUACUGCGCCGGUAAUAACAUUUUGACAUUCACAACUGCGACGUGUAGAAGAUAUCGUGCUAGACUGAUGGCGUUAGACGCACUAAAAGGCAUAAGAAUCACGCGGUGAUGUUUUCUCUUCUUUUUAAUUUAUUUAAUAUAUUAUAAAUAAAUUUGUUCGCCGUUACAAAUGACGGGCUAACGAACAACGAAUAUUUUAAAAGAGUUCGUAGUAAACGGUGUACUAUUGGUUCGUCAAAAAAUAAAAGAAUUAAAAGAAUUUGUCGUGGAAUAUAACUAAAGUAAAAUAGGGAGGAGGGAAAAUCAGACUUAUAAAACUACGAAAAAUGUGGGGUUUAUAUAAGUCAGUACUCAACAAUUAAUUACAUCGCGUAUUACCGUGACCAAAAAAAUUAAUAAAAAAAAGUACAAAAUGUAGCACAAAAAAAAAAUAUUUUAAAAAAACAACCGUCGGCAAAUUAGAAUUUUUAAGUGGUCACCAUUUGUAUGGAUAUGGAUUAGAAUAUGUCGUAAAAAAAGUUAAAAACUACUGGAACGUUCGAAGAAUAUUCAAAGUCAAGAGCGGAGAAAAUUUUACCGUUGGUUACCUAUACACGAACUUUCCGUGUAGUUUUAACAUGUUAAUCUUAUUAAACAACUAUAGAUAAAACACAAUAGUAACUAAAAAUGUUAGAAUAUUCCAUAAUUGAACAUUUUAAACGUUCAUCACAUCUUCUCGUGAUUUUUUCAGCUUUACCCUUUUCUGUUCUAUACUAUACUUAGUUCAUUGGACUUUUGAAAUUUGACAAGACUAUAACUUUUUAAUAAGUACCUGUGGCCGCUAAUACAUCAUUAUUUAUAAUGUCCUGGAUGCAUUUAAAAUUGUACCGUUCAAAAGUUGUUUUGCAUGACGUUAUAGUAUCUAAAUCCUAGGAUGUACAUUUUGGGUGUUUCAACUUUCUACACAAACUCCUGCUAAUUUUUUUGAUGUAGUGUAGUAUUGUAUUUAAUUAUUAAGUGCUUAAUCUAAUUUAUGAUUCUGUCCUUGUGUGUCUGUCCGUCCGUCUGUAUGUGUUCUUUCUCUCAAACGAUUGCGAAUUUUGAAAUACGGUUUUCACUAAAUAAUUUGUUUGACUAUAAAGAAAAUAAUUAUUGAUUUACAGUCCAACUGGUGAAAAAAAAGUUUGAGUGACUGUUUUAUAUCGUAGUAUCUACUCACGUAUAAUUUAAUUGUUUAUACAAUAAACAAUUUAUUACAAAUUAUUCACAAAUAAUUUGUUUAUGGGAAAUAAUGAUAGCAGCUAAAAGAAGUUUAAUUGUUAAUUUUAAUUAAACAACAGUUUGCAUGUUCGUACAACAGAAGUUGUUUAACAAAUAACUUCAUUAGGUACUAGCAUUCAGUGGUUCUGGUUGGCCUAUUCAAAUUUAUUGCAUCGAGUUUAAUUACACGUGCUCGGAAGUGUCAUAAUGUGUUUCUGUUUAUCCAUGUUUUCAAUCUCAAAUUGCUUUGUCUUGUGGCCUUUCAUCAUCUCCAUUCACUCGCUACAAUAAUAAAUGUCAAAACUCAAUCGAAAAUAACCAUACAUUUUUUAUAAAAAUCCACGCCGAUGUCGAAUGUAUCCCCUUACAGGGGAAAAAACACGCAGAAGAUAUAAUAAAAGAAAAAAGCAAAACAAUUGUUCAAACAACAAUAGUUCAUCCUCAUUACUCAUGAACUAUUAUCGUUCACAUGAACUUUAUUAAUCCGUUAAAACACCAUCAACGCUUAGAAAAAUAAAUCGACAUCCCAACGAAAAUAGCAAUGCAUAUGACAUUUCUGCACACACACACACAUACUCGUAUACAAAUGAAAUUAGCCAAUCACAAACGGAGAUUGUUUCUUAGGUGAUGUAAUGUAUACCGAUAUGCUUAUAUGCAUUCCAAUUUUUAUUUGAUCAUACCAGGAAAUAAAAACGUGUAGGAAAAUUUCGUUUUCAUUUUUUUCCCUUUUUACGUUUUAAUGUUCAAAAACAUUUUAAAUAUGUGUCGUGUCCAAAAGAAUUUUCAUUUUUUUUCCGUGUAGAACUUUUUUAUUGCCUUUUAAAACUAUCUUAUUUAGCACAUUAAAUUAAGCGAUUUAUCUUGCUUUUUAUAUUGUAAUUUAAGGGUGUUUCAUAAAUUAUUUUAUUAUUUAUAUUUUAUUUCGGUUAUAACUCAUAAUUUUUUACAUAUGUAAUUAAAUUCAAUAUAAUUACAAAAUUUACAUAUACUUACUAUUUUAAGGCGUUUAAUUCAGUGGGGUAGCAAGGAUUGAUCAAUGAAAAGGUAGAAGAUUAAGAUGUUUAGGGACCUGCAACCUUCUUAAUCUUAUUGAUAUCUAAAAAAAUCACGAAUAAGAAAAUCCAAAUUUUAAUUAUGAAUGUGUAAAGAACCCCAAAAUAUGGUUAAUACCUAGAAUGUUUGUUAGUAGAAAAUUUUUUUUCAUAAUACGGAGUACAAACUUAUAAGAACAUUUUUUUUCGUUUUCAAAUUUUUCCGUGCAACACGUUUUUGCAUAAUGUUAUCGAAAACAUUUUUUCCCCUAGUGUGUAAAAUAAUAUUAUCAUUAUUAAUUUAAAUAUAGAUUCAUAUUUUUCGUACAGGUGAGUGCGUAUACAUUGGUGGCCAUCAGCGUCGACAGGUACAUAGCGAUUAUGUGGCCGCUAAAGCCGAGGGCCGGUAAACACCACGCUAAAUACAUAAUCGCACUGGUUUGGAUAGUUGCCAUACUUACGGCGCUUCCGAUUUUACUCUUUACCACGUUGCACCAGCCAUUGAUUUGGCACAAGGUAAAUAUAUUAAUAUACAUAUAUUAAAAAUGUACAUAUGCAUGAGUAUAUUAUUCCGUUCAGGUUGUUUAGUAAUACCCACGGGAGGGAGGGUUGUAGGAUGACAAGACGGGACAAGUGACCUACCGGGAUGUUCAUUUAUCAAUAAAUCCGUGAAUUAAUGGAACAGAACUGCCAAGAUGUUGGUAUAUGACAUUUUAUUCAUGGUUUGUCGAUAUAAUGUAAUGAAAUCAUAUGGAAUAAUAUUAAUAUUAAAAGUAAAAACUUAUAGAAAAAAAUAACCGUAAUUAAUUUUUAAAUUUAAAAUAAUAACUCAUAUUUCUCGUUCAGAAAUAUAAAUAAGUUUCAAUAAUAUUAUUAUCUAAAUAGUUUUACCUCACAGUCAAUAUCGCAAAUCUGUUCGAAUAAACUCUGAAAAUCGUUUUAAACAUUUCAAUUAUUUGUAUAAUAUUAUAGCGACACCUCGACUCUUGAGUUUUUUCGAUCGUGGUUUUCUGACAUAAAUAAGCUUUUACGAGCAUUUACCUGUCUCUAAAUACAAAAAUAACAAUAAUUUUGAAUAUAAAUAAUAACUUCACUAACUGUCUACCUAGCCGUGCAAUUUAAAACGUUAAAUAAACGAAGCCGGAACAAUAUACUCCACUCUAUAGAUAAUCCGCCCAGUAAACGAAAUAAAGUUUUUAAUAAAGCAAUAUUCCGAGUUUGACAUUUAUAUAAUACGCUGGCAGUUAUAACUGUAUAACUGAUAAAGUUUUGCAACGAACGAAUUUAUUUUGAAAACUUAACACUAAAAGACAUCAUUAAUUUAAAAAAAAAAUUACUGAAACUGAGCCCGGGUACAGCCACUGUAGGUGAAUAGUUGGGAAGGUGAGAUGUAUAAAGGUAUUUAAUUUAUAUCUGUAACCAAUAAUGAACCGUUGCUAAUGAAAAACGAUUCUAAGCGAAGGUCGGUUGUGCAUCUUUUGAAAGGCCGUAAUAUUUACGAUUUUCGUCCAAAUUUGAUUUUAAAAAUUUUAUAAAAAAUGUAACAUAAAAUACUCAUUACAAAAUAAUAAAAUAAUUAUUUUUGUACAUUGUCCAGUUCAUUCUACGUAUUUCUCGGUUUUGCUAAAUUAUUGAAAAAACUACAAAGAAAAUUAAAAAACGACUUUCUUGGUCACCAACUAUAAGAAAAAUAUUUUUUGUAGAAAACAUAAACCGUAAAAAUUUAAAAUAAUGAAAGCAUAACGCCGUAUAUUUGUCCAGUUUUAUUUUCCGUCUUUUUACAGUUUUCCCAAUUAUAUAAGUUUUUUUAAAUUUAUAUUUGUAAAUAGCGAUAAAUCAUUAGCAAUAUCUACCAAAAAUCUCGCUCCAAUCAAAAACUUUAUAGAAACAUUCAUGUAUCAUUUUUGAUCUAGUUAGUGCAUUGGGCGGUCAUUCUGUUUAUAUUCUUUAUAGUUUUCCUUAUAACAGUUGUAUGGCACAGUUUUGUAAAAUAUGUUAGAAUCUACUUACAAGGUUUCGCCAGAUAACUGACAUUAUAUGCCUAGGUAUCUACUAUAAAUAACAUUAUUCUGAAAACAGUAUUACGCAUACAUGCAUACAUAUAUUAUAUAUGUAUACAUUAUACAUACAUACAUUAUAGUUACUACAUCCGUAUAAUUUCCUGUGACUAUAUGAAUAACAUAACGAGAGAAAGGAACCUCUUCUCCAAAUAUUAAUUUUAAUAUUAAAACAGGAAAAUGGUUAUAAAUAAACGUGCGUUACUUUUCGUUUAAUUGCUUUUACAAUAUUAGGAGCGUCCUACCUAAUAUCUACCUAAUUUAGGUACCUAGUAUUACAAAGAUACCGAAAUAUAGUACGACAGAAGUUCGCUAAAACGUCUCUUUCCUACAUUGUAGUAUUACCAAAACAAUUGUAUUAAUUUUAGAUUCUGAGUGUAUAAUUGUACCUAUUAAAUUACUAAGGUGUGUUUAUUUUUUACUGGGAAAACAAUUUUUAAUAGUAAAAAUGCUCCGAUUUGUUCUCACCCCAUUUUACACGAUUCAAAUAUUUCAUCCGGUGGUACUGUUUGAAAUUUUUUUAAAUUUCGAACAGUUUAAAAAAAAAAAAACCCAAAAUAAUAAAUUACAACACUGAGUUACUUAAUUGGCUACAGUUACACGACUAGCAAAACAACUAUCAAAAUUGUUUUGUGAUUGUAAAAAUUAAUAUUGUUACUUUCGGUAUAGAUUGUAAAUAUAGGAUGUCCCACGAAGAUAUGGGUACAUACCGUCAUAGCAAUAUCUCCUGAGAUAAUAAAGAUAAUCAAAUUCCGGUUUUUUUUUUUUUAUUACUCGUACGGAUAAGGACUACAAAUAUUUGUAUUUAAAUUAAAUUUGUUAAAUUUGUUUUGGUAAAAAAUAACUUUUUAUUUUAUUAUUUAUGAAAAAUUUGAAGUCAUUUUAUCGAAUUUAUUCUUUUAAAAAUUUUGAAGUUUCAACUUUUAAAUUUUCAUUAAAUUAGUGAUUUUUGAUAUUUUUUUAAAGUUCAGAGAAAAAAGUGUAUUAGCUAUAAUAAUAAUAAUCAAUUAGCGAAUUUAUUUACAAUAUAAAAAAAAAAAAAAACAGAAUUUGAUUAUCUUAUUUAUCUCAGGAGAUAUUGUAAUGGGUAUAUCUUUGUGGAACAUCCUGUAAUCCUGUAUACCCUAUACUUUCUCAACGUACAACAACCCUACUUGCAGACCUACCCAUGGUGCAAAGUUUAUCCUACUUUUAAUUGUAUUUUUUAACAGGUACAAUCAGUGGCGUACUUAGACCUGAAUUUUGGGGGGGUUUUUAAUUUUUAAAUUGUUUUCAAAUUGGACCUGACGUCCUGACACCUGAACAUAACAAAACAUAUCGUACAUUUUAAUAGACUACUAAUUUGUAUUCGUGUUUUUUUAAUUGACAUGUCAUAAUAAAAUGUGUAUUGAAGUCUGAAAUAACUACUUAUUACUAAGCCAUACGUAUACAUAAAAAAANUCUUAGGUGAGCCAAUCCAUUAAGUCGAUUUUCCCCCGUAGAAUUCCUCAAAUAUGAUUUCAAUCGUUUCAGCGUUGAAAAACUCCGUUCUACAUUGGCAACUGAAAGCCAAGGGAAUUCCAGUAACCAGUGUCUUUGGAAUUUGAGUUUUCUUGUUCCACUGAUGGGAAAUUUAUAAAACUCAUUUGGUAUCCAUCAAUUUUUCAAAAGCUUGUACUUUUCAUCUUUAUUAAUCGUUUUUCCUCCAUAGGUACCAAUAUCAGAAUCAUAAGUUUUCGAGUGUAUUUGUGUACUGUUACUAGCUGCUGACUCAUUUAAACCUAUUAAGUACUAAGUAUUAAUAAUAGUUUUAUUCUAUAAGAAGAAUAAAAUAAAUAAUAGCCUUACCUGAACUAAUUUCAUUUAUUUCUGAUCUCUUAAAGUUUGGAUCGUUGUUAUAAUUUGUAUCAUGUUGGUNAUCAAGUUUAGGUUUUUUUAUUAUCCACUUAUCCAUUGUUAAUGUAUUUUUAAAAAAAAUAAGUUUUAACAACGUACUUGUCGUAAUUUCGUUUGUCACUAAGUUUAAUGGUUCAAUGGCUAACACACUGGGCGAUUAAUCGCACAAAAUAAAAAACGUGACGGCGAUAAUACCGAUUACCGAUAAUGCCGAUUACACCGUUCGUCCACGUCCAUAUCUACAAUAUUUUUGUAGAAAUACAUAUAUUCCCGUAAGUACCCACAUUUUACUAAAAUAGAAUAGAAUACUCUAAAAUCAAUGGCUGUAUCAUUUAAUAUUUAUACCAGAAUUGCAUAGAACAAUAAUUGUACGCUGUUUAUUUGAUUAUGAUAGACAAUUUGUUAUAGGUACCUAAGUUGCUAAGUACAAUACAAUUAAUUAUAAGUACCAUGCAUUUUAGUUUUCUCAUAUAAUAAAUAAAUUCAUAAAUUCUAAAAAUUUCGGGGGGGGGAUCAAACCCCACCCCCCGUUAGUACGCCACUAGGUACAAUAUAUGAUUAAUAAAUUAAUAUUAUAUAUUACUUAAUUACUUUUGUUCGGCGUUCCUUAGAAAUGCGACAUUUACGUUUGCAUCGAAAUAUGGCCAAAUCAGAACGUUUACCAUGUCUACAACGUAGCGAUGUUGGUUCUUCAGUACUGCAUACCGUUCGCCGUUCUGUUAUUCACUUACAUCAGCAUCGGAGUAGUCGUCUGGGGAAAAAGAACGCCGGGCGAAGCGCAAAACUCCCGAGACGUUAGAAUGGCCAAAUCAAAAAGAAAAGUAACGCUUAUAAAAUAAUAUUGAUAGUCAAAUAUCACUGUCACAUUUUUCGUAGAUGAUAAAAAUGAUGGUAACUGUAGUCAUAGCGUUCACGGUUUGUUGGCUGCCAUACAAUAUCCUUUUGGUAAGUCGUUUUAUUAUAAUUUUUUUUUUUUUUUUUUUGGAUAGGUAGGUAACGUUUUAUUUGCUUACUCUAUACACAAUUAUAUAAUAUGAAUUCAUAUGAUCUUACAUUUCAUGUCAGACUAGAUGGAAGUUGAAAUGAAAAAAUGACAGUUUAAAAUAAAGACAUUUUUCGAGAGCUGUACAUAGCUUUUUCUAAAACAUUGUCAUAGGUACAACAAAGUUACAACUACUUACAAAAUGCAAAAAUUAACAACAUGGUUGUAACUUUUUAAUAAGUGUGACGAUUUUUUAGAGAAAUUAACGUUAUUUUAUUACGUCACGCGUUAGUAGGACGGAGAUUACACAUCCUCUUUACCAAAAAAUUGUAGAUUUACCCACAAAUAUAUAAUGUAUUAUUUGUAUUAAUUAGGCUUACAAUGCAACUUUGUGUCAUAAUACAUAUAGUUUCCUAAAUUGUAAUCAUCAAGAGUGUAUUGGUCAUUGGAGCUAAUUAACUUGUACCAGAUGAAUGCGAUUGACGAACAAUAAAUUAUUGUUAGUUCACAUUUAAUCAUUAAAUAUAAUUUAUAUUUGAGUCCGUCUAAGUCAGUGCGCAGUUGUCGUACUUUAUAAUGAUUUUUUCAAUAUUAAUAAUGAAAUAAAACAUUUGGUUUCAUUAAAAUUCGUAUGUAAAAAAAAUUGUCGCCAUAAAAGUUUGCAGGAUUUGAAUCUAAUACUAAUCAAUAGUAGCCAUUUUAAAAGUUUCAAUGACCAUUAUAACCCGUCAUGUAUGACAGGAAUAAAAAACUAUUAAAAUAACAGUCACGACAUUACCCGUUAAAUUACACCGUAUAAUGUAUAGGUUUAACUUAAUUCACGUAGAUACGUGUGACAAAAAUCUCACUCUUAGCCCUACCUACUAUUUAAUUAUUUAUAUUUAUUGCACAUUGUAUAUUAAUCUUCUAAAAGAACACGGUUUUAUACAUAUGACAGUUUGGUGAUUUCUUAACCGUGAAUAUUAAACUCAAAUAAAUCAAAUUCUUGGAUUAUAAAUUGGCUUUUUAAUUACCGAAAUUAAAACAAAUCUUUUAACAAAAACUUUUAAUUUAUAAACAUUUAUACUGUAGCUGUUAUAACUAUAUACUUCUAAAACCUUUAAUAUCCAAAGAUGGCCAAUUUAUAAUUAGUUUUGUACACAUUAUCCUAAACGGAAUCAUAUGUUAAGUUUACUUUGUAUGUGCGCUCAACUUUAAUGAAAUGACGGAAAUUAAAUCCUCGACAACACUGAAAUCUUAAAAGUUUGCUGCGCAGAUACAUAUCAAGUGUGUAAAUAUUCAACUCUCAAACUAAUAUGACAUAGAGGAAACCGAAAAUAAAUUAUAUUUUUUUCUAUUUUCUUUAUUUUCCUAUUGUAUACAUAUUACAUUAAAUUCAAUUAUCUUUAUAUAUCUAUUACCUAUAUUGGCUAUGUUUCUGUUAUAAAUUACUUUUUAUUCAAUCAUUAAACAUCGCACUUGCUUGACAACUAUAAUAACAUAAUGAAUGCGCAACAGAUAAUAAUUAAACAAACAAUGAUUUUAAAUUAAUUUUUUUACGCUUCUGUUUCAUUAAAUAUUGCCUUACUGUUGAUAAAUAAUAUUAUUAUUUAAAUAUUAACGUUGCGUAUAACUAAUAUUAUAUUAUUAUUGUACUUAAUAACAUUUAAUUGAAUCAAAGUAAACCUUAUCACUAAUAUAAGCUUGUCUACAAGUUACCUACUUAAGGGUAUACUUAGGUACCUUUGUCAAACUUAACUUUACUUUUAUUGCUCGAGUUAAAGGACAGACUAGAAUGGGUUAUUAAAAUUACGUAUUAAGUUUAUACGUAAUAAUAGUUCAGGGUGCGACUCGUUUCGCCCAAACUCGACUUUACCAUUUUGGCCCAAAUACAUUUUAGUCGUUUUAAAAUUAAUUUGGCAAUGGUUUAUGAAUAAUAGUUGAAACAUGACGAAAAUUAUUUUAAAAGUUAUCACAAAAUACAAAUCAUUAUUUUUUUAAAUAUCUACAUAAUAUGGUUUUUACAAACUUAUAACUAGUUAUUGCACCAGGUAUAAUAGUAUAAAAGUACAGUAGAAAUAAAAGGGUCUAAUUAAAAUUAGUCAUAAUGACCGGAAGUCAUUAUAAUCAAAAUGGUAAAAUAACAUUUAAAAACUUGAUUAUGUUUAUAUUUUAUAUGAAUAUAAUAUUGUAUUACAAUCAAUGUGUUAUAUUUGUAUCGCUUAAUCGUAAUUCCAAUAGAUAAAAAAAAAAAUUAACUAAAAAAAAAAUUGUAGAUUAUUAUAAAAUUAUAUAUACAUUGUAUUAAAAAAAUAUUUCUUUCGAUAAAAGUUUAAUACAGUCAUUUUAGAUAACAGAUUUGUCCAAUACAACCAAAAAUAACCCUCAUAAUAUCCGUAUAGUCAUUGUGCAGACGUCAUAAUCUAUACAAAUGAGUAAUUACAAUAUAGGAGCUUUGACGGGACCUUUAAUCUAAGGUCAUUAUACUAAAUAUAUCAAUGUAACCGGUGCCAUAAUAAACGAUAUAUAUUGUGUACGUUUUUCAUGUUAUUCUUGUCUUUCCUUAGUUUUUUGUCAUUUGUUUUUUAUUCAAUUUUAAUGCUACCCAUUUUUAUAAAAUAAUAAUUUGUGAAAAACAUUUUUAAAUAAUUUUUUGUGCUUCAAUUAUUAUUCAAUAACGAUUUCCAACUUAAUUUUAAAAUGACUAAAAUUUAUUUGGGCGAAACGGGUAAUCGGAUGAAACGGGAAAGGUCGAAUUUGGGAAAAACGGGUCCUGUCCAUUAGUCACGACCUUUUUACUUUCCAUAGAAAAUCAUAGUACUUAUACAAUUAAUCAACAAUUUUAAAGUUACAAUACUAAUACUAGGUAGAACACGAUUCCGUACGUUUUGUGCCUACGAUUUUUGUGCGAUGUUGCCAGAUUUUCAUAUGUUUACACAGGUAUUUGACUAUUUGACUUGGUUUAUAGCGGUUUACGUACGUUUUGCAUAUACGUUACUAUUAGUGAGGGUCCAAACAGACGAUCGGAUUUUUCCUGGGCAAACUGACCGAUGCUGGCGAAAAAUCGAUUUUAUUUAUUUUAUCUGAUUAUUUUUAUACAAUUUUAUAGAUGCAUAUUUUUUUAAACAAUUUAUCAAAUUCAGGUGUCUAAUUAUUUUUUUUUAUACUAAUUACUAUUCUUAUUUUAUUUUACAAUAAUAAAUAAUAAAUGGCAAUAUUGCACAGAAAAAACGUACAGAAUCGUAUUGUUUUUGUGUUUAUUUUGAUAAUCUAUUGUUUGAUCAAAAUUGUACGGAAUCGUGUUCCCAAAAAGAUAAAAUGUACAGAAUCGUGCUUUACCAACUAAUACUAUGUACCAAGAUUUUACAAUGUUUACAAUUAUAUAGUUGCAUAGGCAAUCGUUAAAUACGCCAUACAAUAAUAUAAACCGUGCAUUUUUUUGAAAGCGUGAAUAACGGUAUAAUAUCGACUAAUAUAAAUAUAAGUUUCGUUUAAAAUAACUACGGGGCGAACCGACGAAGAGUGUAAUGGUUUUAAAAUAUGUUAUGUAACAUUUACAUAAUAUAGUAUAGGUGUGGCCAAAAGUUUCAUUCGGUUAUUUUAUAAAGAAAAUUGAACGCAGGUGCUUUCGACAUGUUUCGAGGGAGAAUAAGCAAUUUUAUAAUGCCCAGCGAUAAAAGAACGAAAAAUAGUACUUACAUUUCAAAAACUAUGAUUAAAAUACGUCUUUUGUAAGGCAUAUAGAAGUGAAUAUUAAAAAAAAAAAAUUUCACGUUAAAAACACGGUCCUUCGAUAAAUUAAUUUCUCGAUUCACGACUGAUAAUAUUAUUAAUUAAUAAUGCAUUUUGAUUUAUGAAUUAUUUAUAAUGAUUGAUAUUUUUCAAAAAUCACGGUGGCCAGUUUUUUUUUUCAUAUUUUAUUGCAUUUAGACCUUUUUAUGAAGUUGUUUCCUUUUAAUAAACCGAAAUAAAAAAUUAUUAGGUUUUCUUUUUUUUAAAUUUGUUAUUUCAUACAUUAUGUGUUGGGUGUAACUAAUAUUUAAAUUCGCAAUGAUAGCUAUAAUAAAUAACAAAUAUCAUAUUCAAUACGGUUGAAAAUCCUCGAGAUUCUUGUUUUUUUUUGUGAGUACAAUACCUACUUAAAAUAGUUUAAGCCCUAUAGUGAACUUAACUCAUAUCAAACUUGCUCGUUGAUACCACAUUUAUAAUAAUAAUACCUAUAUAGACUAUGUCGAGGUGAGUGAAGCACAAUAUCUAUUUCAUUAUUUUAUUCAGACUUAAAUAUUUCUGCCCGUUUUUCUAUAUUAAUAUUUUCAUCAAGUUUAUAAGUAGGUAGGUAUAUACACACUGUCUAAUUUUAAGUCUUCGGAACAAGAUCAGCCUCUAAAAAGUUAUGAACAACGUAUGAUAAUAAUAUAUCGUAUGUAUAUAUAAGUGUUAUGUUUUCCUAGUCCGGAUUUACUUCGUACGCAACGAACGUAAACAUGAUGGUAAACUUUUAAGAAACAGCAAAGUUAAACACAGAUAUACUUUUUAAGAUACCGAUCUAAAAUACACUUUCGCUGUACGUAGAAUGACGUGGAUGUAAAAUAUUAUGCUUUUUGUAAAUAAAAAAAUAAACAUGCGAUUUAACUUCCACCUAGAUACGAAAUAUAUUAAAAUAAAACAUCGUUAACAUCAAAACACCUAUUUAAAAUUAAAUCAUAGAACCAUGGAAAAUCGAAUAAAUUCGUCUAAAUUAUGUUAAAUUUAAUGGAUUAAAAAAUGAUAACAACACUCCUCACUCGAGGUUAUGUUUGAAAUUAGAAUAGUAAAUAUUUCUAUCAAAUACGUAGAUAGGCAGGUACAUCAUACAUAAUAAAUAGAAAGUUAUUACCUAUUGAAUUUUUUUUAUUUAGAUUUUACCGACGAAUAAAUAAAUAAAAAUGUAAUUAUAUUAUAUGAUCUAAUCGUUCAUAUACACCUAAUAAAAUCUAAUAAUAUUGAGAUUUGUUUAAUUAAGUACAAAUUAUAUCAAACACUUUGCAUUUACGACUUACAUUUUGGAUUUCCACGAUAUUGUCUAUAAAGUGCGUUUAAGCACCUACGCUUAUGUGUGUGGAGAAUAGAAUAAAGAGAAUAUCAACAAUACGUUUUAAGAACAGAAAGCGGUGAAGUUUUAUACCUAUCUACCUAGUAAUGAAAUUAAUAAUAUAACCAAGAAUAAUAUAAAUUAUGUGUAUGGGUAUGAUGAGCACAAUAUAGUUUUAAAACAAUAGCAGGUACUGCACGUAUACUUGUACAACAAGAUUAAACGAAGAAUAAAUGUACACGGAGGAAAAUACACGCAGAGACUUUUAUAGGAUAAUAUAGCAAUGUUAUACUAAUAAAGUAUAAUAUUACGAGAAUAAUGAAACCUGAAAAUUACUUAAAUAGUACAGAAAAGACCAGCUCAAAAAAAUACUUUCUGUAAAAACAACCCAAAAAAUGAAUUAACAUCGACAUUUACCCAGCUUUCAAUUUUCUUUGUUUUCAUUCUUCCAUUUUCGUAUACUCUAAUCCUUUCCAUUCUUUGAUCGCUAUUAAUAUCUUUAACUCUUGCGGGUACCCUGUUUUGCUGGUAAAAAAAAGCUGGUUGGAUGCAUAGGCGUACUCACGAGGGGUCAUAGGAUUUACACCCCCCCCUCCCAUUGGCCGUAUUUAUUUUAGAUUCGGAGAGUAGCGAGGGGUCUAUUAGGUUUACUAUAAUGUGCAUUCUUUUUUCUAUCUGUAAACAACUUUUCGAAAAGAAAUGUUACUCCGAUGUAUAGAGUUUAGUGCCUUUCUAAAAAUAAAUUUUUUCCUGUUGGUGCAUUGGGGAGGUCAUUUUUUGAUCUCCAACAAGUUUUCAAAAUAAUUUGGAAAACCUCGAAAGAAAAAUGGGUAAAACGGCAAAUAUUGACAGCACACCGCGGUUUUACCAAUUUUAUUGUUUUUAAUUUAUGUAACUUAUGUUUUCUACCAGAAAUACUGCGCCAAUCGAAAAAUAACAAUUGUGUUAUUUUUAAUAUAUAGCCACUGUCACAGAAAGCUGUUAUUUGGUAUUCAAAGUAGUUUUCUUAAUAAUUAAGAAAAACCAUAAAGUUAAAAUUAAUUAAUAUUUACGGUAACUAGGCGUUCCGGUUUAAUAAUUUUAAUUUGUUCAAACUAUGUUUUCUACCAUAAAUUUUCUCAAAUUAAAAAAGGACAAAACAACGAUUUUAUUCUAUUUAAUAUUUAACCACUGAGAGAGGAAGUAAUUUUUCGAUACCUAAAGUAUUUUUCAUAAAAUUGGGAAAAAUACGAUUUUUUUCAAAUUACCAAAAAUGUUUAUCCAAAUUUAAAGAACACCUAGCGUAUUUUCUGAAAAUAAAUUUUGUCUAAUUUGUAAAUAAAAUUGACCUUGUUUGAUUGUCCGUAUAGUUUUCCUUAUAAUUCUGAAAACCGAGAAUAAAUGUAGAGAAUACGGUAAAGUGUACGACAUUUACGGUUAUUUAUUGUUAUUGUUAUGCAAUUAAAAAUUACUAUAGAGACCUGUAGUUUUUACAAAAUACUUUUAUUGGCCAUUUGUAUACGUGGUAAAAUUUUCAAAACAUUUUACUUAUUUUUAUGCUAUUUAUUAGUAUUUCAUAAAUUCGUAUUUUUAUUUUUGGUUUGUAUCUAUUAUUAAAAUUUUAUGACUUAAGAGAAACGUUUGAAAAUUUAAUAAAAGAUACAUAUGUUUUACGUAGUCAUCUAAAAAUCGAUUAUAAGUAUAAUGCAUUACCUAGUUUUUUUUUUUAAGCGUUUUAAGAUUAAAUUUUGACAAAAAACGUAAAAAUGACGGCAUUUCAAAUAUGCCUCACCAAACUUUGCUUUAAAUCGUUUUUCGUUAGAAAUAGUUUGUCUUUGCGUACAGAUAUAAAAAUAACUGUGUAUUCUACCUUUCUAAAUUUCCACCUAGACCAGUGGCUCCAUCCGUCCCCAAUAUCAGCUUAUUUUUUUUUUUACAUUAUAAUUAUUAGAUAAAAUAUUAAAUAUCAUAACUAGGGGUUGUGCGCCGAGAGCCCCCUUCAUAAUUUUCUAGAAACUAUCUACAAUCUCUUAUCCAUUGAAAGUUCCUGAGUAUGCCACUGAUUGAAUGCGAUUAAAAAUGAUAUGAAGACACUCAAGGACAACCAGUGUAUACGAGGUGAGAGGUCGGACCAAGUGGAAAUUUAGGACAAAGGUGGCCAACCCCAAAUAACUGAUACGAAUGCAAAAGAGAAAAAGAAGAGAAAAUAACGCUCGUUCUGUUUUUUUAACUUGGCUUGAAGAUAAUCGGUGGAUCGGCUAUGGGUAAAUGCAGUGUAAGGGUGUUCAAAAAUAUUACACAAUGGGCAUACUUUGCUCAAACGUUUUAUAUAAUAUUAUACAAAGUUUUAGCCUGUUGUGUGUAAGAAAAUAUUAUAAAAAAAAAAAUAAUAAAUUUAAUGUAACGGGAAUACACAUAUCUUUUGUAUAUUUCAACCAGUAUCGAAAGGUAAACUUGAGAACAAACGUAUGGAGAAAAAUAUAUAAGUACAUUGUGUAUAUACAUUUAUAGAUUUUAGAUAUAUAUGUGUACAUAACAUCAAAAUCUGUAAGUAUGUAUGGAUGGUAGCCUCUAUAUUAUUGUAACACAAAACCCACAAAAGCCGGUUUACUUAAAUAAUACGAUUUAAAAAAAAAAAACACGUAUUUCUAGAGGUUUUCCGAGAAAAAAAAUUAAACACAGUACAGACCAGUAGUCUUCAAACUUAUUUUUAUCACGGCACACCGUGUUCCUCAUAAUAUUUUUGACGGCACAUAAACAAUUUUUUUUUCUGUAAGUCAUUAUUUAAUAUUUUAUCAUAAAUUAUUUUUAAAAAAUAUUCGUACGGUAUGCAGUGCAUCCAUAAAACUACGCAAUGUCUAACAAACGAUAACGGCAUAAACGUAUGUAGGUCAUCCGCAACGGAUAUACUGAUAAGUAAUGUUAUACACUAUAUUAAGCUGUUUAAUACUAAUAUAAGAUAACUUAUUUUAAUUGAUUUCAGACAGCAAAUAAACGGUUUAAAAAAUGUACAAAUAUUAAGCUUGAAUGUAUCAAUUUUCGUAUAUUACAAUUCAAUACAAUCGGUCACAUGUGUAGAAAAAAAAAACAAAUUUUUAAAUUUUACAACACCUCAGAGAUUUCUAUGUCCUUUUGAAUAUUAAUACGAUUUUUCAUAUACCUAUUAUUAUGUAUAUUUGCCAUUAGAGUUUUCAGAUCCAUUUUCGAAUCAUUUUAAACAAAUCGUAGUUUCCCUUUAGACGUAUAUACCUAGUUUUGUGCUGCGCGAUCAAAAAUCGUUUCACAUUAUGGACGUUGAUUUCCGAGUGAAUAGAAAUAAUUUCCUACAAUUAGACAUCUUGUUGAUUAUUGUUACGAUCUUUUCUUUCGAUGUUUUCCACUAUAUUGUGUACACUUUAGAAAUCACUUUGCAAAAUCAUAAGCAAUUCAUCCUCCGAUAAUACUCGACAAAUAUAACGAAACAUUAUAAUAUUGUUGAAAUUCUUUAAUAGAUUAGGUUAAGUUAUAUGAUAAUGUUCAUGUGACAAAUGAUUUAUUAUUCUACAUACUGUCAGUCGUUAUAAAAUGUGUUCGACAUUCAAAUACUCGAAUAUUUGAAUAUACUUUUCGACAUCUCGUCGGCGAGAAACGAGUUGAUUGUGCGUCAUCAUAAUAAAUGUAAAAUAUUUUUUAUAGCUUUAUACAAACCGUUUAUAACAAAUUCGUUAUAAUUCGAAAUAAUCGUUCGAUAGAACGAAAAAUAGACGAGAAUUUAAUGUAUAUCAGUAAACAACGAUUAACCAUUGCUAAUAAAAAAAAUUAUACGGUUGAUAGUGUUUCUUUGUCCAUAACAUAUACCUAUAUCAUAUUAUGGUAAAAUAAUUAUAGAUACAUUAAACAUUUUCUUUAAUAAUAUUUGUUUAAUAUUGUACCGAUUUUUCCUAUUUAUUGGGAAAACUCCUGGGAAAAUCAAAAAAUGAUAUCCAUAAAGUACCUUUCCAAUCCAUUUUUUUUUUUUAGAAAAAUUUCUAUCAUUGUAAAUCAAAACGAAAUUGCCGGUAGAAAAGUUGUUCAUAAGAAAAAAAAAUGCUGUAAUAUUUUUUUUAACUAAUAGGUACAUACGUUUCGUACAUUUUCCUGUUUUUCUUCAUUUUUUUUUCAACUUGCUGAGAAAACUUCUGGAAAAUCUAAAAUUGACCUCUUUAAAAUACCUUCCCAGUCAGAUUUCCUUUUAGAAAAAGUGUUAUCAUUGUAAAUCAGAGCAAAAUUGCUGUUAGAAAAGUUGUCCACAGAAAAAAAAAACAUUGCAAAACCAAUACAUUGCUCGCUCCACUCAUAAUCUAAAAUGUAUAGCUCUAGAUUUUUACAAAAUCAAAUACUGUGACUCGAAUUGUUCGGCUAUCAUCCCUUAUUAUUGAUUAUCCCUUAUUAUAACUGAUUAUUAAAUGUUUAAUUUAUACAAGCAUUAUAUAAUGUUAGCAGACCAUUGUGGCAUGCAGUGAUAUUGUUAAAUAAUAGUUCGUAUUCAUAAAAUAUUAUUAUUUGAAAAUAGGUUGGUAUUUUCAAAAAUUCUAUAGUUUUACCGAAUGUGUCAUUUUUAUAUAGUCAUAAUAUGAUGUAUACUUUAAUGAGCUUUUGAAUUUUUUGAGUAUUGAAUAAGUUUGAACAGAAAAUUAACUUAAGUUGUAUAAAAUAUAAAAUUAGUAAUAACAAACAAAGCACAGUUUACAUUUUGACGGAUAAAAACUUGGGCGUAGUUAACAAAAAAAAAAAAGAUCGUUUGGGCUCAAUUUUAGGCGUAUGUCCGUUUCCAUCGUUUUCAACUAUCAGUAACGAUAACAGUAUGGCAUUCCAAAAAGAGCAUUAAAAAUAACAAAUAUAGCUUGAGGCCCAAAUAUACAAUUUCUAGAAGGCCUAGGCGGGUAUGACCGCCUGCCCGCCAAACCAGUCAACCUCUGUUCCCAACUUCUCACCUACAACAGUGGCCCACCCAUAGUGCCAAAUAUGUCAGUCUUUUUUUUAAAUUUUAUAUUCGAGGUAAUCGUAUUAAAUAUAUCUAGUAGAUAUAUUUAAUAUAUUUUAUUAUUUAUAAUAUACUAAGUCGUAUUUUUUGGACGUAUUCUAUAAGAAUUAAGGUAUCAAUUCUAUACUUAGGUUCCACUCUAUUCCUUAUUCAUCAGACGCAUACAACCCUAUAAUACUGUUAUACUAUAUAAUAUACCUACAUUUGAUUUUCCCGCUACAAUAACCCUCUUAGCAAUAAGUACUUGAGAUUUAAAAUCAAAACAUAAAAAGUUCUGGUUUUUUAUUACCGCUGUCAAGUAUAAUAUAUUGGUACGUAUUUUUAAGGCGUAUUAUUGUUUUCCGACAACAUUCCACUUUAUAGUCUAUAUCUAGACAAAAUCCGCUGAGGAUGUAUGUGUGUGUGUGUGUGUGUAUGUGUGCACACACAUACACACGCACACAGGUAUUAUUGCUUUCGAUAUACGUUGACCGUGAUUUCGAUCAAAUAAUCCUGCAAGGUAUAAAGGUUUCCUAUAAAUAAAAUAAUUUAAAAGUUGUAUCUUACAAAGGCACGGCCUUGCAUUGUAAUUAUAAUAUUUUAUUUUUGAAUCGCUUUUCCAACAAGUGAAAAGAAAAUUAAAUAUAGAUAUACCUCCACUGAAAUAGGUACCAUACGAAUUACAUAUUAAUUUAUCUCACCUAUAUCUUCUUGACUAUAAUCUCAUCGCUGCUCCUUCUCUCAACACGUUCAUUUAUAUCAUUUCAAUUAACCGAUUCUCUCUCAUUUCUCCUGCUAAACCACCUACACCUGUCACUUCUAGAAAACCUCUUACCUGUACUCAGUGAUUCUUUUAUCACGAUAGUAAAUAUAUUCCUCGCAAUGCUUUAUUUAUAUGCUUAGUUUCAUUCAUAGUUUAAUAUACAUUAUUAUUCACAAUAAUUAUUUAUUUUGGCUUAUGAGUGUAAUAACUAAUGACUAUUGAUGAUCUAUUAAGUUUAUAUUUUUAUUUUAAAAAUUUGUUUUAAUGAUAAUAUGUAUCCAGUUUUGUAUUUACAUUACUAUUCGGUCAUUACUCGGUAGGUACCCGGUUUAUAAAAGAAUUUUCUACCCGGAACAUCCUUAGUUAUUAUGAUCUAUUUAUUACGAUUCACUACUCCUUCGGUCUAAAUCCUAAAAUAUUAUAACUCGGAAAACGGUAAAUCAAAUAUUAGUGUUAUAUUUGUAACAACAAUUUUAGAAAAGUAUUCUAAAUCUUCGAAUCUUUGUUGCAAAUGGAAGGUUACCUACCAUAUGAAAAUAAAAAGUUAAUACUAAUUUAAGGUUAAAUCGAUUACAGUGUUAAGAAGGAAGGAGGAACGGGAAAGAGUUCCUAUUUAAGAGGAACGUAAAGGCAAUUUUCCGUUUCUCUUAUUGUGAAAAAAAAAAUGAAAAAUAAGUUAUUUUAGUGAUAAUAUUGUCUAGAAAUUAUAUAAUGUUGGAUAUAAACGAUGUCUCGGUGAUAAUUGUUUAAAAUAAUAGGGAUCCUGGGAUUUUUCAAAUGAUUUUUCAUUUUUAUUUUUAAAAUAGGAAAUUAAUUUAAUUUAAUAUAUUAGUAUUUUAAACAAGUCAAUUCCAAGAAGUAUCUAAGUGUAGUUCUAAAUUUUAGUUAACUUGAUUAACUCACACUACACUUAUUUUUUUAUGAAAAUAAGGUAUCUACAUAAGUAUGAUGAAAACCUUUAAUGUCAAAUAUAUGUAUAUACUUCCAGAGCAAAUUAAUUAGUCAUAUUUUCAAAUUAAGAUUGUAAAAAAAAAGUUUGGACUGCAUUUUGUAUUCAUAAGAAAAAAAAAACAAAAACGAGUUUUUUAAGGAACGACAAAAAAGAACAAAUUCUUUUUUUGUAGUAGAAACGAGAAAUGGUAACGAAUUCCUUUAAAAAAAAAAAAACGCUACCAACACUGAAUUCAGUUAUAACGCAAUAACCGAAAAAUGCCCUCUAACUUGCUACGUCCGCAGUGUAAUCAAUUCUUGUCUAUUAUUAGUAUAAGGUCGAUACAAUUAUUGCAAUGUGUAUAAACUCCGGCAAGAAAAGUAAAUCGUUUCGCGCAUGUAGACUAACAUCAGUGACUGUUUCUCCCCACUUUGUUCCAAUCAGUUACGUGCUGCAACAUGUAUAAAUGCGCGUAAUUCGACGCGUUUUAGUCGCAACACGGUUUACUUCUCUCGUGGGCCGGAAUAUAGAUGAUAAAUGAUUGUGUCUGUUGCCUGUUUAGAUGAUGUUGGACCGCGAGCCAUCGCUAAGCACGUGGAAACACCUACCGUACAUGUGGUUCGUGUUCCACUGGUUGGCCAUGUCACACACGUGCUACAACCCGGUGAUUUACUGCUGGAUGAACACCCGGUACCGGACCGGUUUCGCGGCCGUACUGCGCAACGUGCCAGGUUGCGGCCGGUGCAUGGACGGGUACUUGCGUGCCCAACAGCUCCAGUUCCACCGAUACAGCCACAACGACCCUAGUCAGGCGGAAGGUCUGCAUAGGAUCAACACGACCACUUCGUACGUGUCGGUACGACAGCUCAAGUCACACAACGGCACGCGACACGCGGCGUUCGGCAGGAGCUGCCGGAACAACUGGAACGAGGAGACGCUCUAG